AUGAGCUACUAUGGCAGCUACUAUGGAGGCCGUGGCUACGGCUACGGAGGCUUUGGUGGCCUGGGCUGUGGCUGUGGCUGUGGCUGUGGCAGCUUCCGCAGAUAUGGAUAUGGCUCUGGCUAUGGGGGCUACGGAUAUGGGUGCUGCCGCCCAUGCUGCUGUGGAGGGUAUGGAUUCUCCGGCUCCUACUGAACUACUGUCCUG